CAAAUGUGGAGAAGAGUUGACUGUGGUAAGUAACAAACACAAAAGUAAACUCUAUACAAUCGUCUAUUUGCUGAUUUUAUUUUUUAGGGGUUAAUUUUGUACUAAUUUAAAAUUUGUUUUCAUUUUUUUAGGUGACAGAACCUUUGGUAAGGGUUCUUCGUAUGGUGGAUGGAAAGGGCAUGCCAAUGGGUUUCAUUUAUGAGGCCAUGGAUAGGGCCAAAGAGGCCAUUUCACAUUACUAUCGUGGAAAUACGAGAAAAUGUGAAAUCCUUUGGCGCAUCAUUGAUCGUAGGUGGACAAACCAACUCCAACAACCGAUACAUGCCUUCGCCUACUUCUUGAACCCGAAAUUCUACUUCUUUGAUUCAUUUAGGGUUGAUGAGAGGUCAUGGCAGGUGUUAUUACAUGCAUUGGUAAGAUGGCACUUGAUCCUGAGUUAAGAGACAAGGUUCUUGAUGAGUUGGAGAUCUACAAGAGUGCAAAGGGGAGACUCUUCUCAUCACAACUAGCAAGUGAUAGGAGAGGAAAACAACAACCAGAUUUAUGGUGGGAGAUUUAUGGUACUGGCACGCCUAAUCUUCAAAAGAUAGUCGUUCGUGUUUUGUCUCAGCCAUGCAGUGCUUCUCGGUGUGAACGAAAUUGGAGUGUAUUUGAGAGCAUUCACACAAAGGAGAGAAAUAGAUUGACACAAACGUGGCUCAAUGAUCUUGUCUUCAUUCGGUACAACCUUCGCCUUCGAAUUAGAAAGGUGGAGGGUGUUUCACCUGAGGCCAUUGACUUGGAUGAAAUUGAUCCAUAUGGUGAUUGGACCGUGAAUGAACAAAAUGAUGGUGAUGAUGUCCUCCUUACUGAAGAAGAACUUGCAUAAAUAGAGAGACGAGCAGCAGAAGAAGUAGAAGGAGCAAGAUUGGAUGAAAUGGAGGAUGAAGAUGAGGACGAAGAUGGAGACUUUGAUUUAGAAGAAGAAUCAUCUCACCAUUUAGAUACCACAACACCUACUCCUACUACUUCUAGCUCAAAGCCUGAAAAG